AUGAUUUGGGACCAAAUCCAGCGUGCAAAGAGAGAGAAGAGCGACCUGCAUGUGACGCCACUGAAGAAUUUGAAUCCCAAAGCUGCCAGGCUGACGUGUGGGAUCAGCUUUGCACUAGUGGGGAAGAUGCAGAAUGCUCUAGAAGAUUUAAGGGAAAUGCAAAAGAGAUGCAACGAUUCUCUGGAAGACACAGUGGUAGAGGAUUUUCCAGUGAUUCAAGAAGAGUUGCGCACUUUCCAAAAAUUGUGCAGUCACUAUGCACCUCACCUCCAGCAGAACAUGGCAGAGAAACUUCCCUCCAUCCGUGAUGGUGAAGAAGACGAGAGCUCACUGAACCAACUCAUUGAAGACCGAGACAAGACACCAUUCAGUCCUGAAAAACUGAGCAAGUGGCUGGAUCAGAAAGAGAGAGAAAUCAACGUCAUCAGAUCCUGUGUAGAUGCCAUGGAGGGAACAAAGAUCGUCCGAAAUCAGUCCGAGCUGGACAGAGAGGCUCUUGCUCCAGGUGUAGAGCAUACUCUGUGCUUUGUUUUCACCUCCAUGGUAAGGGGUGAUAUCUACCUUGAUGUGAUGGCCGACUACUUGGGCUCACCUACAAUAGGAAGUACCAAUGAAAACCUGUGGUACUUCUCACCUAAAGUUGUAACCAAAAUGAGAGAAAACGCCAAAGCUUUCCAUGAGCUUGCCAAAGCACAGAAGAACAACAAAAGCGUGCGUUUCCUCAUAGCAGCCAUAACAAAUGAGAACUACAAAGGAGCAACCAUCUACCAUUACAAGGACGGCACUCUGGUCAGUGAAGAUUUUUCAAAGCCUUCAAAGCCUGACGUCCCUCCUGAGCAGAUCACAGACAAAAGUGAUCUGAUCUGGCAUGCCUGUGAUCUCACCCUGGACCCCAACACUGCAAAUGGCUACCUCACUCUGUCUGAGGAAAACAAGAAGGCAACAGUUGAAUUAUUGCAGAAUUAUCCUGAUUACCCAGAGAGGUUUGAUCAACAAACUCAGGUGUUGUGCAAAGAGGGCUUAUCUGGGCUCCAUUACUGGGAGGUAGAGUGGAGUGAUGAUUCAGUUACUUUGAAAUCGGUUUAUGCAGCUGUUGCAUACAAGAGAAUUGAAAGAAAGGGAGAUGGUUCAGACAGCAGUUUUGGAGAUAAUCUCAUAUCGUGGGCUGUUGGCCAGAUGGACGACAAGCUUAGAGUAUGGCAUAAUGGUUUGCUGUCAGAAUCUCCUUUUACAGGCUGCAAAAGAGUUGGGGUGUAUCUGAACUGGCCUGCUGGCACUCUGUCCUUCUACUCUGUCGUCUCUAACACACUGGAGCACCUCCACACCUUUAACACCAAAUUCACUGAGCCUGUUUACCCAGGCCUCUGGGCUCAUAAGACAGGCAACUAUGUGUACCUGCGUCCAGUUGAGUAAGAGCAAUGAUCAAGACUUGUUCGAUCCUGGUCUGUUCAUAGGGAUAUGGGUUUACAUUUAAAGUUCAAAGUACAACUUAAGACUUACAGCUUCACAAUCAGUUUAAACUUUUAUUGCUCAGUACAUCACAUAUAUGUUUUUAAUCGUUUUAAUUCUGAUUCUAAUUCCUGAUACUUAAACUGAGCUUAUAUUGAUUCACAAUUACUAUGUCAACACUAUUAUGUUGAAAUGUGAUAUCAUAGCUCAUGUCAAAAAUUGCAUAACCUGUUUUGUUGAAUUCAUCAUGUUGAUUAUGUUCGGAUAUGAGGGAGCUAAAGUGCCUUUAAUUUAGCAUACUUAAUUUAGUACUUUGGUAUAUGGAUAUAUUUUCUAAAAACAAGAGGAAAACUCUCUGGUCUGUGUUUUUCUGUUAAGGUCAAGGCUAAUCCUGUCCCUUAACCCUGACCUCAGGGUCAGUUCAUGACUUUACUGUUCUGAGGAGAUACUCACUGUUAACACCAUUUUGUUAGAUGUUAAGCACUCUUAACUUGAUUUUUAUAGAGCUUUAUAGUCUUUUUUUCAUCAUAGAUUUACAAUCAGUUUAAACUUUCAUUGCUUGGUACAUCACAGAUAUGUUUUUAAUUAUAACUUUCAAUUCUAAUUCCUGAUACUUAUCAAUACAGAGCUUAUAUCAAUACACAAUUGCUAUGUCAACACUAGUAUGUUGAAAUAUAAAGUCAUAGCUCAUAUAAAAAAUGCAUAACUUGUUUUUUCUUUAAGAGAAAAUGUCAGUGUUAACAUAAUUUUUUUGCAAACAUUGCUGAUGUUUGUAGAUCUAAAGCAACACCUGUUGGAUAUGUUCACUCUCUUCUUGAGCAGAAUAUUCAAUAAAGUGCAGACCUGACUUCA